AUACUUAGAUAUAAAAAUGCCGGAGCUCGACCCAAGAAGUCAGUCACAGCAGCUCAGCCAUCCAAGAGAUACUCAGUUCCAGCCAAGCUAAAGGAUAAUUAACUCAAAAUGCAUUUGAUGAAGGGUCUUUUACUCGUGGUGUGCCUGGCUGCCUUUGCCAACGCCAAGCCCCAAAACUUUCAGAUCUUCGGCCGCCAGCGGGAUGAGCCCGCCGCCCAAGGACGCCUAAGCCCCUCCCAGCUGAGCAGUCUGCUGGACAGGCUCGCGGGCAGCCUCACCUCGACUACAAUUGCUCCCACAACCACCGUGUUGCCCACCACCACCACGAUAACGACUGCACCAACUGGACCCACCACCUCAACCGGCACCUCCACCACCAGCACCACACCCACCACCACGCCUACAACCACAGCCCCAGCCUCUCGCCAAUCGGAACCGCUCGAUGAUGAGGAGGACGACGAAGAGGAGGAGCAGCAGUUGGGCAACCAUCAGCCCUUCCAGCUGGAGGAUCAGUACGACGACGAGGAGGAGCACAACCAGGUGACCCGCUCGCAGGCCAAUCGCCGUCGCCAGGUGAACGCCCGCCGUCAGCGACAGCGUCUGCAGCAGCAGUUACGCCGCCGCCAGCAGCGCCGCCGUCGCCAGCAGCAGCAGCAGAAGCGCCGCCAGCAGCAGAGGCGUCGCCAGCAGCAGCGCCGUAGGAAGCAGCAGAUCCAGAAGCGCCGCCAGCGUCGCAACCAUCGCAACAACAUGCGCCUGGUCAACCGCUUCCGGCAGAGCACCCCCAACCGGAACCGCGUCAUCCGCGUCGUCGCCUAAGGCGGGAAUUUCCCGGCAACCGAUUUCAAACGACACUGAAUAAAUUGCAAUGAUAUAAUA